AUGGUUUGGUCAGAACAGAAAGGUGUCAAACUGCUGCGAGCUAUGAAAGCAGAGGGGGUAUUUGUAACUAACAAGAGAGGCAGCCAGGAGAGAGGUGUUGUGUGGCAAAAUGUUGCGAGUGUCCUUUUUGCAGACUCUUUGACAGUAAACGCAAGGGGCCGUAAGAGACCAGUACCAAGUACUUGCAAAAAAUGGAGAGAGAAAGUGAGAAGACAGGAAAAUGAAAGUGGAGGAGGGGAUGAGCAAUUGACAGAAGUUGAGAUCUUACUAGAAGAGCUGGUAGAGAUAGAAAAUGAAUCUGAAAAAAAGGCUGAACAGGAAGGCGAUGGACACAAGAAAGCAGUGGCAGAAGAGAAGAAAAAAGCCACAGAGUUGAGAGAGAGAGCACUGGAGAGGUUUAGCUAG